ACAAGACGCUAACUGAUGACGACAUCACUCCGCGACCUCUUCACAUGCAGGAAAGUAAACUAGUAACAAACCGUGUGGAAACACGUUCCCGUGGUUGUCUCACAUUUAGGUGACUGGGUGAAGAUUGUCGUGAGGGGAGUUUGAAUCGUGUGACUCCACCAUGAGUUCGUCAAUGCCUCAGAAGAGGUUCUACAGACAGCGAGCCCAUUCUAACCCCAUGGCUCAUCACUCGUUUGACUAUCCUGUGUGUCCAGAGGAAAUGGACUGGUCCACGCUGUACCCACACGUCCUCACUGGAGACCAGCCUGAGAAAGAGACCCCCCGAGUGGAGUUUGCAGACAUUGGAUGUGGAUAUGGAGGUCUACUAGUGGAGUUAUCUCCACUUUUCCCAGAGAAUCUCAUCCUGGGCCUGGAGAUCCGUGUCAAAGUUUCGGAUUAUGUUCAGGAUCGUAUCAAAUCACUACGUGCCGCUGAACCAGGAAGCUACCAGAACAUCGCCUGCCUUCGCAGCAACGCAAUGAAGUAUCUGCCCAACUUCUUUACUAAAGGACAGCUCAGUAAGAUGUUCUUCCUCUUCCCUGACCCUCACUUUAAGAAGACCAAGCACAAGUGGAGGAUCAUCAGUCCCACGUUGUUGGCAGAGUACGCCUACACACUGAGAGUCGGGGGUUUGGUGUACACAAACACUGAUGUGGAGGAAGUUCACCUCUGGAUGGUGAAGCACUUCACGGAACAUCCACUGUUUACACGCAUGUCUGAUGAAGAGCUGGUCGGGGACGUCAUCACCAGCCGUUUGGGUACUUGCACAGAAGAAGGAAAGAAAGUGCUGAGAAACGGAGGGAAAAAUUUCCUGGCGGUUUUCCGGAGGAUUGAGAAUUUUGACUAAGACCAAACACUUUGGAUGUGCAGGAAACUGGAGUAAUGGUCUUACACAGUCAUUCAGACCUGAUCUGCUCGCUCUGUUGAAAUGGAGCUGGGUGGGGGGGUUCCCAAGCAGACAAACACUUUUUUUUCCCUUUCUUUUUUUGAUGAACUUUUGCUUCAUUUCCUGACAGAGGAUUUUUUUGUCACGUAAUUUAUGUCCUCCAUUCACAUUCACACAGGAUCUGUAUUCAGAAAAGACCUGUGAGCUCUUGUCAGAAGCUUUUAACUGUUGCCCCUUUUUUUUCCAAGAAUAUUAAUUCUUUCAUAUCUUUUGCUUAUUGAGUCAUUGCCUGGAUUAAAGAUAAACCAGUUUUCUGCUGCUCA